ACAAACAAAUACAAAAUAUCAUAUAAAUGUGAUUCAAAAGAUUCGAGUCACAGGGAUGAAUCAAAACCCACAGUUACAACCCAUGCACAGCAAAAAGUACUGUAGACUAGAUACUCAGGGGACAGCUUCCUCAGUAAGACCCACAAUAACCAGAUAUGGUUAAAAGUGUUGUCAGGACAAAAUAAAACGACCGUUUACUGACAAAUAAAAUGGAUGACGCAAUUACUUUUUCUUUCGGACAAGACACAAGAUUGCUCCGCCUCCAUGAUUCGUUUCUAUAGUAACAACUAACAAAAUACUCGUGUAAAAAAUGCUGAAAAUGUCGGCGAUGAACAGAAAAUUCAUUCAAAACCUCGCCGAGACGUUAUGCAAGCAAGUCAAACAUUUUGAUAAGAGAGAGACGGAGUGUCUAAUACGGCUGUUCAGCGGUUUGCUGGGAGAGCAGGCAGAGAGAAGAGCGGCUCAUGGACUGGACCGAGUCAGGUUUAGACACAUACUGCACAACACAUUCGGCAUGACCGACGACAUGAUGAUGGACAACGGUACGUCUCCGAUUUGGAUGAGGACGAGAAUAAUAAUAAUGCCAGUAUUUCGGGCCUUUGAUAAGGACAAUGAUACCUACAUAAGUGUCAGAGAAUGGGUGGAAGGACUGUCUGUCUUUUUGCGAGGCACACUGGAUGAGAAAAUCAAAUUCUGUUUUGACGUAUACAACCUGCACGGGGACGGAUACAUCUCACGGGAGGAGAUGUUACAAAUGCUGAAAGACAGCCUCAUCAGACAACCCACUGAAGAGGACCCUGAUGAGGGGAUCAAGGACAUUGUGGAGAUUGCGCUGAAGAAAAUGGAUUAUGACCAUGAUGGGAAAGUGUCUUAUUCUGAUUUUGAGAAGACAGUCAAAGAUGAAAACCUUUUACUUGAAGCUUUUGGCAACUGCCUCCCAGAUGCAAAGAGCAUACUGGCUUUUGAGCAACAUGCAUUCCAGGAACAACAUGGACACUGAAAAGAACCACAGCUUUUUAUGGG